GAUCCACGUACACGAUGAGGAACGGUGAUUCGUAGAGAGAGAGAGAGAGCGCUCCGAAGAAGACAGGUGAUUAUUCGUCUCUCGAUCGAUCGAACUUUCAAGCCUCGAUUCAGCAUCUCCAUCGUCAUACUAAUCACCAUUUUCCCAGACCCAUCUUCGAUCUAGUACCAUCGAUUCAGGAAUAGAAUGGGCCGGAAAGCUGGUGGCCUAUUUAUAAGCUCACAGAAGUUUGGUGCUCUCCAGAAACCUUGCAUGAAAGAAAUGAUAACCUUUCUUAAUUGUUUGGCUCUUAACCAAAACAAUGAUGAAAAGUGCGUUCGACAUAAAGAACUUUUGAGCACGUGCAUGGAUGGUCAGAAUAACAAAAGCAGGAAACCUUGGGGAAGCAUUAAUUUUCAUCUGCAGAGGCUUAACAGGGGAAGGAAAUAGUAACACUCCGGCUGUGGGUAUUUGAAGAUGUAUGAUUCCUGAGUUUCUUUUGAACGUAUCUGGAGUGGCAAUAGUUGGGGUUGUCUUUUGAACAAAAUUAUUUAAGAGCUCCAUGUACCGUUAGGGUUGAGCGAUUUCGCAAUAUUUUGGGGGCAUUUCCGUUUUCCAAAAGCUCUAGCUAAUCAUAGUAGUUUACAAUCAAUUUUGUUGGAGUUGUUCCGAAGUUACGUAACAUUCAUGUUUCCAGCAUCAUACAUUUUUCCAGUGGUGAAUUUGCUGCUAAGAAUUCUGUACUUCUGACAAGUUCCUAGACCUUGAUGAUAAUGAUCUGUAGCUGUUGUGGUUAUGUUCACAACAUAGCUUUGAUGAUCUUCUUAUGCCAUCAUCUGUAUGGCUGUUUGAUGCAAGUUGCUUUCACAGAGAUAUCUGUGGGUUGAUGCUCCAUCCCGUCCUCUUCUACCUCGUCCCCCUUCCUCUCCUUGUGGUUUUGAAGGCCCCUAGUGAACUCUACGGUUUGCAGACCCUUUCUCUUCUGCUCUCUACCUCCUCUCUCUUUUUCUUCUACUCUCUACCUUCUGUUUCUAACUUUCUAUUUAUUGUAAAAGUUUUGACUGAACAAAGGAACCUUAGUUGUCACGUCAAGAAAUAAGAGAAAUGUAAUUGUUAUGCCAA